UCUCAGAUCUCGCAAUCAAACACUUUAAAUUCCCUCCUUCCACGCUACACCUCCUUUCUCUUUAUUGCCGUUUUUCUUAUUUCCAUCUUAUUGGCUAUUCCUCUUCUGCUGUCUUCUGCUUUGUUCAGUUCGUUGCAUGCAAAAACCACUAUGAAGAAGCCAAAACACCACUCAUCGUCGGCCAACGCUGACCGGCGAGUGGAGCCUGAUUCCGGUGAGUUUGUCGCCAAGAUGAAGAACGGUCGCCAGAGACGGCUCAAAAUCAAGCAAAUGAAGUACACUUGCCAGGCGAAGAUCCGCAUCAGGAAUGGAACCGUCGGCGUCUCGCCGACGCCGGCGGAGGACCUGGAGGGAGGGAGCAGAGAGAUUCAUGAACGCGUGGAGAUAUCUUUGUCGCUGGCGGCGGCGUCGUCGUCCUCGGAGGAGGAGGAGCGGUCAUUGUCGGAGAAAAACGACGGUGUUUUGUCGUACGGGUCAACGUCUGUGAUUGGGAGCAGGAAGGAGAUGGAGGACGCGGUGAGUGCGGAGAUAGGGUUUGCUGCGAAGGAGAAAGGGAAGUACGACUUCUUCGCGGUGUACGACGGCCACGGCGGAGCGCAGGUGGCGAAGGCGUGUCGCGAGCGGUUGCACCGGCUGGUUGCGGAGGAAGUGGAGAGGAGUGAGAGUCCCGUGGAAUGGGACUGGCAGGGAGUGAUGGAAGGGUGCUUCCGUAAAAUGGACAGCGAGGUCGCCGGUAAUGCGGCCGUCAGGACUGUGGGUUCCACGGCGGUUGUAGCUGUGAUCGCGGCGGAGGAGCUUGUCGUCGCUAAUUGCGGUGAUUGUAGGGCUGUGUUGGGAAGAGGAGGUGAGGCCGUCGACUUGUCUAGUGAUCAUAAGCCCGAUAGACCAGACGAGUUGAUGCGAAUCGAAGAGGCUGGUGGAAGGGUCAUUAACUGGAAUGGCCAGCGCGUGCUUGGUGUUCUUGCUACUUCAAGAUCCAUAGGAGAUCAGUACCUUCGACCUUAUGUGAUAUCAAAUCCAGAAGUGACAGUGACGAAGCGAAGCAGCAAGGAUGAAUUUGUGAUACUAGCAAGUGAUGGAUUGUGGGAUGUUAUGUCGAGUGAAGUUGCGUGCCAAGUUGUAAGGAAAUGCCUGAAUGGACAGAUUAGGAGAGUGUGCAAUGGAGUUGGGAACCAUGAAAACCGUGCUGCCGAGGCUGCAAGCCUCUUAGCUGAGAUAGCAUUGGCAAAGGGAAGUAAAGAUAACACCAGUGUCAUUGUAGUUGAGCUAAGAGGAACGGUAACAUAACAUCUCAGUGUCUACAAAAACAUGUAUUUUCUUCUCUAAUUCUUGCCUUCUGCUUUUGGACUAAUAUCCACUCAGGUCUUGCAUCCUCAAUGCCACGAGAGAUUAUCUACUACCACAUAAUUACGAGUACUUACAUCGGUGUUUCUUCUUUUAA